AGCGGGGGAGACCAUAGCUUUGGUCUCCAGGGCCGGAGUCUCUGCUCCUCUGACUGCCUUCACUCAGCUCGCUCCACCUCACGUGCAUGGGCGCACACUACACACUGCAGAAGACUAAUAAAAUGCCUUCAGUUGAAAGCGGAAUGAAAAAAGCUCUCUCUUCGUCCACUGUCGGAACUCAUCAAUGUGACACCCACCGGAAGUAAACAACAUCAUCGUGUGUAGCUUCAAUGUAUGAGGUAUGUGUUGAACUAGCAGGGAGAUGAUACUGUAGUUGUAGAUUAGAUAGUUAUCUCAGUUGUAAUUAAACAACAAUGUCUGCAGUUCAGAAGUUGAGAGAGUUUGUCAACGAGCGACUAACUGCUGCUGCUGAAGAGAUAUUCAGAGUUUAUGAAACAACUAUCGUCGAGUACGAGGAAGAGAUUGAUCGUCAGCGCAGACUGCUGGAUGUCGUUUGGAAACCUGAAAUACAGUUAAACAGACUAGAGCUCCCACAGCAACAUGUCUGUAAGGAGGAGGAGGAGGAGGAGGUUCUCGCUGACCAGCAGCUCUGUAUUCAGGAGAGGAACUCCAGUCUGGACCAAGAGGACCCAGAGCCUCCACAGAUUAAAGAGGAACAGGAGGAACUCUGCAUCAUUAUGUUCACUCCUACUAAGGAGGAAAGUGACCACAGUGAAGAUCAGACUCUGGACUUUAGUAUCGAUGAAACUCAGAGUGUGGUGGAGGAAAAGCCUUUCAGCUACAUUUCAGUUAAAAGCUCUGUAGUAUCAGAACCAAACAGUGACCAGCAGCUCCUCUCUCACAACUCUUACGAAGCUGAGAGCCAAGAUCAGAAAGGAGUCAAGCCUGGAGGCUCAGGAUCAACUAGAAAUGCAGAGUCAAAACAACAGAACCAACAUCACAACAGCAACAGUCACACCAACGAUGCAUAUAGUCCUACUACGUCAAAGAUUCACUCUAAUACUCACACAGGUGAGAAGACUUUCAAAUGUGACACGUGUGAGAAAGUUUUUAAGAAAAAGUCACAUUUGCAGGUACAUCUGAGAAUCCACACCGGUGAGAAGCCGUAUACUUGUAGAACAUGUGGGAAAGAUUUCAGAUGUACUAGUAGCUUGAAAGGCCACAUGAAAGUCCACAUGGAUGAGAGGCCGUAUACUUGCAAAACAUGUGGGAAAGAUUUUAAAUUGAAUAAUUCCUUGAAACUCCACAUGAGAAUCCACACAGAUGAGAAGCCAUAUUCUUGCAAAACAUGUGGGAAAAGAGUCAGAUACAGUUCAGCAUUGACAAGGCAUAUGAGAGUCCACACAGGUGAGAAGCCGUAUACUUGUAGAACAUGUGGGAAAGAUUUCAGAUGUACUAGUAGCUUGAAAGGCCACAUGAAAAUCCACAUAGAUGAGAGGCCGUAUACUUGCAAAACAUGUGGGAAAGAUUUUAAAUUUAAUACUUCAUUGAAAGUCCACAUGAGAAUCCACACAGGUGAGAGGCCGUAUACUUGCAAAACAUGUGGGAAAGAUUUCAAAAGAAGUGGUAGCUUGAAAGUCCACAUGAGAACUCACACCGGUGAGAAGCCUUAUCUUUGCAAAGCCUGCGGGAAUAGAUUCAGUGAAGCUACAAAAUUGACAGAGCAUAUGAGGAUCCACACAGGUGAGAAGCCGUAUACUUGUAGAACAUGUGGGAAAGAUUUCAGAUGUAUCGGUAACUUGAAAAAUCACAUGAAAAUCCACGGAGAUGAGAGGCCGUAUACUUGCAAAACAUGUGGGAAAGAUUUUAAAUUUAAUACUCUCUUGAAAGUCCACAUGAGAAUCCACACAGGUGAGAGGCCGUAUACUUGCAAAACAUGUGGGAAAGAUUUCCAAAGAAGUACUCACUUGAAUAGACACAUGAGAACUCACACCGAUGAGAAGCCUUAUCUUUGCAAAGCCUGCGGGAAAAGAUUCCGUGUAGCUAUCGUAUUGACGAGGCAUAUGAGAACUCACACAGAUGAGAAGCCGUAUAUUUGCAAAACAUGUGAGAAAGCUUUCACUCGUAACAGCUCAUUGAUUGCCCACAUGAGAAUCCACACAGGUGAGAAGCCGUAACUUUGCAAAACCUGCGGGAAAAGAUACUGUGAAGCUACAAAAUUGACAAGGCAUAUGAAAAUCCACACGGGUGAGAAGCCGUAUACUUGCAAAACAUGUGAGAAAGCGUUCACUCGUAACAGUUCAUUGAGUGCCCACAUGAGAAUCCACACAGGUGAGAAGCCGUACCUUUGCAAAACCUGCGGGAAAGGAUACCGUGAAGCUACAAAAUUGACAAAACAUAUGAAAAUCCACACAGGUGAGAAGCCGUUUAAUACUUGAUUCUGAUUGGUCAACUAUGGCAUUCUACGGUCUGUUAUUUCUUCAUAGCAGACUGUUGCUAUGGAUAUCAGAUGGUUGCUAUGGGCGCAGUUCUGAUCUUUGUUCACAAUGAGAUGACAAUUUUUAUUAGUGGAAGCAAUAAAAUCAUUUUUAAACCAAAA